GAGAAGAAAAAUCACACUAUCUUCCACUUCCACUCACAUGGGGCAUCAACUUUGCACUAAAAGGCCAUUUCUUCCACACUAAAAAACAAUGCACACUUUGCUUCAUUCCUAGCCUAACUAAGCCCAACUCCCCCUCCAUAUCAACAUUCCCAUUGAUGAAAAACUCAUCCUCCACCACCACCAUCACCACCAAGAACCUCAAAUAAUGGCCACGGCCGUCGCCGCCGCGAAGCCCAAGAAAGCCAACCCCGUCAACCUCCGCUCCAACCUCGCCAUCACCCUCUUCUUCAUCGUAGUCUUCACCAUCCCCGCCCUCCUCCUCCUCCACACCCCUUCCAACUACAUCUCCACCAACCUCUGCCCCAACUCCGUAAAGCCCUGGUCCGGCGACCUCCGCCGCGCCCAAUUCUCCUGGAACAAGCUCUCCUUCCACGGCGCCGCCCCCCCGCCCCACACCCUCCGCAUCGCCGUCUUCUCCCGCAAGUGGCCCACCUCCUCCACCCCGGGCGGCAUGGAGCGCCACGCCCACACCCUCCACACCGCCCUCUCCCGCCGCGGCCACGACGUCCACGUCUUCACCUCCCCUCCCGCCGUCCCCCUCCCCUCCCCCGCCGCCGCCGCCGCCUCUCCGGUGAUCCACUUCCACGAAGGCGAGCCAGAGAAAUGGCGAUACAACAAAGCUUGGGAGCAAUACGAAGAGGAGAAUCGUAAACAAAAAUUCGACGUUAUCCACUCCGAGAGCGUCGCGCUGCCGUUCUGGCUCGCGCGCGGUCUCGAAAACCUCGCCGUGUCGUGGCACGGAAUCGCGCUGGAGAGCGUGCAAUCGAGCAUCUACCAAGACCUGACUCGGAAAUCCGGCGAGAUCAUGUCGCCGGCGUUCAAUCAGAGCCUGCAAGUGAUGAUCCCCAAGGUCCUGAACGAGAUUAGAUUCUUCUCGCACUACCACCACCACGUCGCCAUCAGCGACAGCUGCGGCGAGAUGCUCCGCGACGUCUACCAGAUCCCGCUCAAACGAGUCCACGUCAUCGUCAACGGCGUCGACGAGGACGAUUUCAAGCAAAAUCUCAAAUUAGGGCACGAUUUUCGCGCCAAAAUCGGAAUUCCCCCAAAUGCGACCCUGGUCCUCGGCGUGGCCGGGAGAUUGGUCAAGGACAAGGGGCACCCGCUGCUGUACGAGGCAUUCUCGAUGCUGAAGACGAAGAACUCCGGCGCGUACCUGAUCGUCGCCGGCGCGGGGCCGUGGAUGCAACGGUACAAGGAGAUGGGGAAUCAGGUGAUCGUGCUGGGAUCGAUGAAUCCGUCGGAAUUGCGAGGGUUUUACAACGCGAUCGACGUGUUUGUGAACCCUACGCUGCGGCCGCAGGGGCUGGAUCUGACGCUGAUGGAGGCGAUGAUGAGCGGGAAGCCGGUGAUGGCGUCGAGGUUUCCGAGCAUCAAGGGCACUAUCGUGGUUGACGAUGAGUACGGAUUCAUGUUCUCCCCGAACGUGGAGUCACUGUACGAGGCGCUGGAGGAAGCGGCGGCGGAGGGGGCGGAGAGGCUGGCGGAGAGAGGGAGAGCUUGCCGGGAAUAUGCGAGCUCGAUGUUCACGGCGAGGAAAAUGGCAAUGGCAUAUGAAAGAUUAUUUCUUUGUAUAAAAAAUGAGACCUUUUGUAUCUACUCUUAGAUGGAUUUUGUUUCAUUUUUUUUCUUAUUUUGAAAUAUGUAUGACUUCAUUUUCUUA